AUGGAUGAUGAAGUGCUUGCCGGUUUUGCACGACGUACAAGGAGAAGACGUGAUACCAAUGAACCAAAUGGACCCGUAAGUCAAGAGGAGGGGGAGACCUCUAGAGCGGUAAUAGUUGAGGAUAUCGUCAGAGUUAUGUCAGGAAUAGCACAACAACAUGCACCGACAAAUAAGUUUUCUGAAUUCAAGAAAUUGGCUCCACCAUACUUUGAUGGUAGUAGCGAUCCGCUAAAAGCUGACAAGUGGAUAAAAGAGUUGGAGAAGUUCUUCGAUUUACAAGGGAAUACAAGCGACUGGUGGGAGUUGGAGAAGCAAACAUACGAGCGCGAUACAAGUACACUCUCAUGGGAUACAUUUAAGAAAGCUUUUUACAACACCUACUUUCCCAAGAGCUUGAGGCAAGAGAAAGAGAUGGAAUUCAUAAAUCUAAAACAGGGAAAUAUGACUGUUACUGAAUACCAAGCUCGGUUUGUGGAAUUAGCAAAGUUUGCUCAAUCAUGGAUGGGAAGUGAGAUUACGAAGGCGAGAAAGUUUGAAAUGGGGUUGAGUCCCCACAUUAGGCAAGUUGUGGUUCCUUUUGAGCUUAACACUUUCAUUGAGGUGGUUGAUAAGGCAUGA